UGAAAAUAUCGGGAAAAAUGUUUAAAGACAUAAUUUGCGCUGCAACGGCGGCCAAUAAGGAACGCACUCUGAUUAUGAUCAAACCUGAUGGAGUCCAGCGCGGACUCAUUGGUAAGAUCAUCAAUCGCUUCGAGAGGAAGGGCUUCCAUUUGGUGGGCUUAAAAAUGAGCUGGGCAACCAAGGAUUGUUUGGAGAAGCACUACGCCGAUCUCUGUGAGCGACCCUUCUUCCCGGAACUUUGCGAGUACAUGACCUCCGGCCCAGUGGUUCCAAUGGUGUGGGAGGGUCUGCAUGUGAUUAAGACCGGUCGCCAGAUGUUGGGUGCCACCAAUCCCUCUGAAUCGCUGGUCGGAACCAUCCGCGGUGACUACUGCCUUCAUGUCGGACGCAAUGUAGUCCACGGAUCGGAUGCCGUCGAAACUGCCGAGAAGGAAAUCGCUAUUUGGUUCAAGGAUGAGGAACUGGUCGACUGGACCCCAGUCUUUACCAACUUAAUCUGCGAAUAA